AUGACAAAAUUCCCAGAUUGUGACAGAAGGCCAAAAUGAAAGGAAAUUUCAUACGUUGUUAGAAAGAAUGAUACAAAUCCUCUAAAAGAAGAUAUGUUUAUCUUUUCUAAAUGUAUGGCCACUUCGUUCUGUGGAGAACACUGAGAACCUAUUACUCCACUAGAGCCCAUUGAAGAGUGACUCGACUUAGCCCAUUUCAAUAUCGAAAAAAUAACAGAGUUCAGGGACCAAUACAAGUUGCACAAAAACUGGGAUGGUCUCAAUGGUGAACUAGAAGACUUUAGGAAAUCAUUUCUGGAUCUCAAUCACAGGUUUAGAAUGAUCAGAAGAAACAAUCAGCGGGGAGACUUAGCGAAAUUCUUGAUUGAUGCCAGAGCUUUUCUGAACAUGAUUAUGGUAUCAAGGGUGAUGGAGUACUACAGCAGAGAGCUUCAGGUCAGAACCUUCGACAACUACAAAAAAGGGCCUGGUCUUAGACAAGAAGAAACUCAGGCUUAUUGGCGGGCUAAGCUGGACGAACAACAGAGAACCAUUCAGAGAAAUCAGAUCGCUCCUUUACGUGAACAACUCAACAAAUCUAAUGAAGAGGUAAAGCAAAGCAAGGACCAGAUAGAGAAUCUGGAACAAGAAAAUACUAGACUUGAAGAAGAAGUCAAAACCUUAACUGAAGACAACACUAAUAAUGAAAUGCAGGCUAAAAUUGAAGAACUAACCGUUGAAGAAGCCAGAAAAACCUCCCAGAUCGAAGAACUCAAACAGGAAAUCCUCUCUCUCGAAGAAUCUCUCGAAUCCUCCCACCAAAAUCUCACCCACUCCGACCUCAAAGCCAUCCACAACUCAUUCACAAACUCUUCUUCCUCCUUCGACUCCUCAUCUACCCUCCAAAUAAAUUUGACCACUGCUUCCCACCUAAAGCUGGUAAAAGCUUUACAGCUGUGUACCCUUCCUCCUCUCAAACACCUCUAUAUUGACGACACAGGAGACCUAAACAAGGGCAAGGGAGCGAUUUGGGUAAAAUAAAAACAAACUUAGAGGGUUUAAGGUAAGAAAAGAACCGAUUGCUUAUAGAGGUAGACUGGAAGGUACUUAGAACUACACAGUUUGUUACGACUAAUUGUAAUGUUAAGAGUG